GGGCCCUGCUGUGACCGGCUAGUCCUCAGUGUGUGUCUGUGAAUGGGAAGAGAGGAAAGCUCCUAGCUGAUCAGUACAUUAACCCAGAAAAACAACAGCCUUUGUCAGCCAGCACCUUAGCUCCUUAUUGCGGAAGUGAUCCUAUAAAUAAACAAGAUUACAGAACAUGGGGUACACGGAUGUUCUGGUAUUGCCCAUUCUCUUGGCGAUAGCUGCUGGGCUGUACUACCUUUACACGGAGAUCACCCAGUUGAUGUCCAAGUCAGCUAUACGGAACAAAGUGGUUGUGAUAACUGAUGCUGUGUCAGGAAUGGGAAAGGAAUGUUCCCGAGUGUUUCACGCAGGAGGAGCCAGGGUUAUCCUAUGUGGCAAAAGCUGGGAGAAGUUAGAAGCCCUCUAUGACACCCUCAAUAGUACAGCAGACCCCAGUGUGACAUUUACACCAAAGUUAGUUGUUCUGGAUUUUAGUGACAUUGAUGCCAUCCCUGAUGUGACCAAAGAAAUCUUAGAGUGCUAUGGCUGUGUGGACGUGCUGAUCAGCAACGCCAGUAUGAAAGUGAAAGCUCCGGUUCAAAACGUGUCAUUAGAAAUGGACAGAAGGAUCAUGGAUACUAAUUACUUUGGACCAAUUACAUUAAUUAAAGGCCUUCUUCCCUCGAUGAUAUCAAGAAGAUCAGGUCAACUUGUGUUGGUAAACAGUAUCCAAGGAAGACUUGGAGUCCCAUUUCGUACAGCUUAUGCUGCCUCAAAGCAUGCAGCCCAGGCCUUCUUUGACUGUCUCAGAGCUGAGGUUGAAGAGUUUGGUAUCUCAGUGAGCACCGUAAGCCCCACCUUCAUCCGAUCCUAUCACCAGCAACCUGAGCCUCGCAACGGGGAAAAAUCCAUCUGGAAAUUCUUUUUCAGGAAGCUUGCCCAUGGAGUUCACCCAGAGGAGGUGGCCAAUGAGGUUCUCCGAACAGUGAACAGGAAGAAGAAGGAGGUCCUCAUGGCGAAACCCAUUGCCAGGGCCGCUCUUUACAUCAGAUCCUUCCUUCCCGGGCUCUUCUUUGCAGUGGUAGCUGCCGGUGUCAAAGACGUCCCGCUUGUAGAGGAAGAAACACCGUAGAUUUGGAGCUGUGAAAGAAUUUGGAACACACGAACCAAAUGUGUAAAUUCACAACCUCAAGAUAAAAAAAAAUCUCCAAAAUU